CUUUCCCAAGUCCUUUACAGUUCCAAACUCUACAGAUUCUUCAAGUACAUCGAGAACCGCGACGUCGCAAAAGCUGUGUUAAAGGAACGGGGCCUGAAAAAUAUUCGCAUUGGCAUUGAAGGGUACCCCACCUGUAAGGAGAAGGUGAAGAGGAGACCUGGUGGCCGCUCAGAGGUGAUCUACAACUACGUCCAACGCCCCUUCAUCCAGAUGUCCUGGGAGAAGGAAGAAGGAAAAAGCCGUCACGUUGAUUUCCAGUGCGUUCGGAGCAAAUCUCUAACCAACCUGGUCACGGUGGGCGAUGACGUUUCAGAGGACCACGAGGUUAUAAUGCACCACCCCCCCCAAGUAGAUGAACUGGACAGGCUCAACGCACCCUUUUCCCAGAUGGCUGUUAACGAUCUACCCGAUUAGUGGUGGCUCAGGGUGGAAAGUCCUGCUUGAUGUGGGAACACGUCUCGGCGUAGUUUCAUCCCAGGGGAUGCUGCCAAGGUGCUUUCUCUUCUUAGUACGUUGUCAUAUUUCAAGCAUGUUAAUAAAGAGCCACACUGCAUAGUCUAAUUGUGCAAUCAAAAGCAACGUCUCCUCAAACAGAAAGAAAAAUGAUGCUGUUUGUUUCUACUACAAAGGCUUCCAGACUGGUGGGUGCUGAAUAUUUUACCUAAACUUCU